AUGGUCCAUCCACGCGCUGCUGCCCGGCGCCACACUGGCUGCGUGGUCGUCGACGGUGUCCCCCUUCCCUGGCGACUGACGGUGCGCUACCUUGAGCUCAUUAUUGAUCACCGCCUGACGUGGUACCCUGCCGUGAAGCAGCUUCGCGCUGCCAUGCGCCGAGUUGAAGGCGUGGUGCGCGCACUCCUCGCGUGUGGUGACGGCUGCGCCACUUGUCCGCGGUGGGGAUGUACGCUGCGGAGGCGCUGUCCAAGGCGCUGUACGCGCUCGCACUGUGCAGCCUUCGACCGCAUCUGUGGCGGCACAUCGACUGCGACCAUCGACGAGUGCUCCGCAUGCGCCACGGCCUGCCCCGCGCAUCCCGUCUGGCGGAGACGCUCGCGGAGACCGGCGCGUGGCCCGUCUCCCUCACCGCUGAUCUGCGCGCGCUCGCCCACAUCGAGCGCAUCCCGUGCCCUAGGUGACGGCCACAUGCUGUCCUACCUCCUCAGACUUCCCAAGUCUCGUCCUGGCCGCCGCCAAACCAGCGUGUGCCUCGACCUGCCGGGCGUCCGCUCCAAGCACCACACCCCUCAUUGCGCUGUGGUGCAGGCGGCUGCUGCACGGAUACAGGACGACCUGGUGGGGAGGGCACACCUCUACACAGACGGUUCUGUCCGUCAGGACGGUUCCGCGGCCGACGCCUGCGUUGUGCCGUACCUCGAUGUCGCGAGACAGUGCCGCCUGUCCUACCGAGCUUCUUCCACCACAGCGGAGCUUGUGGGACUCCAUCUGGCAGCCGACAUCCUCGAAGAGUCGCCGUUCCUCAACCGAGCGGCGAUUCUUUUCGACUCGAGGUCCGCUUUGCACCACCUGCUACUCGACGAGCGCGCGCCGCCACUGGCGCAACGCGUUCCCUGCAGGCUGCACACACUUCAGCAACAGGGAUGCGACCUGCGCCUUCAGUGGAUACCCUCGCACGUCGGUAUUGCGGGAAACGAGUCGGGGGACGACCUUGCAAGGAGCGACCACGAUCCUGAAUCCGCGCUAUCGCCGCGAGUCAAUUCGUUUGCCGCGGCGCGGCUUCACUUCAAACGUGAGCUCGCGGGUGCGUCAUCCCCACAGCCGCGGCGCGCAGUGGCGCCCGUCUCGCCAUCUCCCGGAAGCCGGCGCCACUAG